AUCUCGGCCGAGCUACCUAACAAAGAAACAGACAAGGAAGGUUUUGAGUUGGUUGAACGCCACAUGAUCCAUGGGCCUUGCGGGAAGCAACGGCGUCUGUCACCGUGCAUGGAGAAAGGCGAAUGCACAAAGAAAUUCCCUAAACCAUACUCGAACAAUACAAAGAUCGACAAAUCUGGCUUUGUUAUCUACAAACGGCGCACUGAUGAUGGAUCCUCUGUUCUGAAAGGUGAUAUAGAGUUAGACAAUCGCUAUGUUGUGCCUCAUAACCUCUCUAUACUCAAGAAAUACAAAGCACACAUCAAUAUUGAGUGGUGUUGCAAAACAAGUGCUAUAAAGUACCUCUUCAAAUACAUAACGAAGGGGGUGGAUCGAGCAUUGGCUCUGAUGGAGCAGACUGGUAACAACGACCGCGCAGCGCAAGAAAAAAAGAAGAACCAGCUUCAACUGGAUGAGAUUGAUAGAUACCUGGAAUGUCGGUAUAUCUCAGCAUGUGAAGCCUCCUGGAGAUUAUUUUCGUUUCACAUUCAUCACAACCAACCUUCAGUUAUGAAACUGACAUUGCAUCUGCCAGGUGAGCAUAGGCUGGUAUACAAGCAGGACAAGAGUAUAACGGAAGUUCUCUCUAAAGAAGAUAUAGAGAAGACGAUGUUGACUGCGUAUUUUGUUGCCAACCAGAAAUACGAAGAAGCUAGAGAACUUACAUACAUUCAGUUCCCCUCUCGGUUUGUCUACCAUUCUGACGACAAAACGUGGACACCCAGGAAACAUGGGACAGCUAUAGGCAGACUUAUCUACGUACAUCCAACCGCAGGAGAUAAAUACUAUCUUAGAAUCCUUCUAAAUGUGGUCAAAGGCGCUUUCGACUUUGAAGAUCUCUGCACCGUAGGUGGUACGACAUUUAAAGAGUUCCGUGAUGCGUGCUAUGCGCGUGGGUUGCUAGAUGACGACAAGGAAUGGCACGAUGCAAUAGUUGAACCAUCCUUCUGGGCAACAGGUCGUCAACUAAGGUCCUUAUUCGUCCUUAUCUUGCUUUACUGUGAAGUUGGAAAUCCACUGAAACUUUGGAAUCAUACCUGGAAGAUAUUGGCUGAAGAUAUUCUAUACAUGAAACAGAGAGAAUUCAACUUCCCAGGCUUGCUUCUGCCUGAUCCGCAGCUGCAAGAAUAUACGUUGAUUGAGAUCGAGCGGCUUCUCAAAGAAAAUGACAAAUCUCUAGCUGAUUUCGCUGGGAUGCCAAAGCCAAACCCGAAUGUUCUCAAGGAAAUUUCAAACACUGUAUUGCGUCAAGAGCUUAGCUAUGACACUGAGAAAGAAGCAGCUGAGCAUGAUAAACUGUUUAGCACUAUGAAUGAAGAUCAAAAAAACAUAUACAGUGCGGUCAUUGACUCUGUGGACAAAGGAAACGGCCAGUUGUUCUUUGUGUAUGGUGCUGGCGGGACUGGGAAAACGUUCUUAUACAGGACAAUUAUAGCAAGACUAAGAUCAACUGGAAAGGUGGUCAUCCCUGUUGCCUCGGCAGGCAUUGCAGCUUUACUGCUACCAGGAGGUAGAACAGCUCACUCACGAUUCAAGCUCCCAAUAAAUUUAACAGAUACAACAGUGUGUGAGAUUACAGCUGGUUCUAUGUUAGCGAGUCUAAUUUCAAAGACUGACUUGAUCAUAUGGGACGAAGCCCCUAUGGCACACCGUCAGGCCUUUGAGACUCUCGAUCGCACCCUAAGGGACUUGCAAUCGCUCCAAGAUCCAUCAGCGGCUGAUAAACCGUUUGGAGGGAAAACAGUGGUACUUGGUGGUGAUUUUAGGCAAAUCUUGCCGGUGAUACCUCAAGGAACAAGACAAGACACAGUUAAGGCCUCCAUCAGCAAGUCAUACCUCUGGUCGCAUGCAGAAGUUUACACGUUAACCAUGAACAUGAGAUUGAGACAAGCUGACAAGGAAUUUGCUGAAUGGAUUUUAAAAGUUGGCAAUGGAACUGCACCCACUGUGAACUCAGAGGAGAGAAGCCAUGAUGAUGGGGAGCAGGUUAUCAUAGGAGACGAGUUCAUGAUACCAAGAACUGAUCAUCCUCACGAGUCUAUAUCAAAUGCUGCGUAUCCAGACUUUGUAAGUAACUACUUGAACCGCGCAUACUUAACAGAGAGAGCUAUCUUAGCCCCAACCAACGUCAGUGCUCAUGAAAUAAACUCAUACCUUCUGUCUAAAGUACCUUCAGCUGAGAAAGAAUUUUUGAGCUCAGACAGUGUUGCUUUUGAGAGCACGCCAGAAGAGGACUGGACCAAUAACUACACGCAGGAGUACUUGAACUCGCUUGAGUUCCCAGGUUUACCACCUCAUAAACUCUGUCUGAAAGUUGGUGCUCCGGUUAUGAUGCUGCGCAAUCUAAGCCAAAAAAAUGGGUUAUGCAAUGGAACACGCAUGAUGAUCUCGCGUCUGGGACACAGAGUACUAGAGGCCGAGCUUCUAACAGGUACUCAUGUCGGUGACAGAGUUCUGAUCCCCAGAAUUCAGCUAUCCCCAACAGACACUAUCCAUCCUUUCACAUUUCGGAGGAGGCAAUACCCAAUCAAGCUGUGUUAUGCGAUGACUAUAAAUAAGAGCCAGGGCCAGAGCUUGAAGCAGGUAGCUCUCUAUCUUCCUAGACCUGUAUUCAGCCACGGGCAACUAUAUGUUGCUCUCUCGCGCGUCACCUCUCCGGAGGGUCUUAAGAUUCUUGAUGAUACAGAAGGUUCAACUAGAGAAGAUGGUGUGACAAAUAUUGUCUACAAAGAGAUUUUCGGAAAUCUCAAGACACGUAAGUCUUAUACUAGCCUUCCUACGAACAACAGUUUUAGUACCUACCAAUACAUAGAUGUCUUACUUAUGCUUACUUCAUUACAGGAAACAGCUAUGAAGACCACUCCAGUCGCCCACAUAUCGGAGAAUCAUAACUGUCACUGGAAACUAAUGUUCUGCUAGACCCUUAUUUAUCAUUCCACCUUAUUUUAUAUACAGAAAGUGUUCCCCACAUCUGCUUUGCUUAUGGAUUUAUUCAGUCUCUAUAUUUCUGAACAAAAGUCCCUGUUACAAUAUUUAUUCUCUGCCUGCCUUUUGUUUUGCAAUUCAAGUUGCCAUAUAUAUGCAAUUUUUUUAAAAAUCACGAUAUAACACUAAAGUUACGGGAAAAACUAUAUAUGAGGUAUACUUAUAAAUUGUUAAAUAAAUUUACAUAUAAUUUGUUUUCUAUUAGAUACUAAAUGACAUAAGAUAAUAGAUAUGAAUUUAAAAGGAUGUAAGAAAAAGUUAUAAAGUUUCAGUUAAUAAAAAAAAAACAAUAAAGCACCAUCGACUAAAUGAAAUUGUUACUCAUGCACGUGCCAAUAUUAAUUUUUUUUUCCAAGAAAACAAUAUAUCAUUUCAUUUACGGUGAGAAACUAUAUCUCAGGUAAACUUAUAAAUUGUUAAUUACAUUAAAAUUGGCUUGGAAAAAAAUACUUAAAAAAAAAAGAGGCUCAUAUACUAAAGUUAAGAGUAUUUACAGAAUGGGAAAAAUGAACUGUUGUCAUCAACCCCUUCAGAUUACAUAAAACGUUCAUAAAAAAGUUUUACAAAUCAACAUAACUGACUUUAAUGUCCAAUAAUUGCAUCAACAUGCGUUACCUUCCACUAACACUCUAAAAACUAAACAGUCACCGCUGCUCCUAGCUCCUUAUAAAUAGACGUGCGACACAAGCACCUUACCGAAACAUCUUCCCAUACAAACACAACUCAAAAAUCUCAAACCAGUCCCAUGGAUCAGAGAAGAGCAAAGAAGCAGAGUCUUGACAUCAUGCCAGAAGACCUGCGCAUGGUCAUUGUUUCUAAAGUGGGAGCUAACUCCGCAUUGGACUACUUCAACGCGAUCAUAGCGUCCAAAAGCCUCUGCUUCCGUUUUGACAACCGCUUUAUCGCUAGAGAUCUCAACCUCGAGCCGUUUGUCAAGAAACCAGCCCAAGCGAAGAGAUACAGAUCGUUAAUGGACAGCUGUCUCAAAGCCAAUAACGUCCAUGCUCACUUCGUGACAGGUAUGCUUCAGGUUGACUGCUUUGUGUUGUUAUCAGAUGUAGCAUUUGAUGAACUUUCCUUACAGGUAUGCUUCAGUACUUCGACUCUCCAAAUCAAUUUUUGGGUAUGCAUCACCUCCGCAUAGCAUCAAAGGCUGGUCACCUCCAAGGAAGGUACGUUUAUGGAGUUCUCCUCAUGGCCAUAGGCCAAACUGAAAAAGGAGUACGAAUCAUCAACAAAUUGACCAAAGAGAAGGGUAUUGAAACAGUGAAAAACUGCAUCCAAGAUUUCACGCUCUCUCUGUACCGCCUCGACCGCAACAUGAAGGAUAUCUACGUAACAUCUUUGACCACGAUGAAGCCAGAUCAUCAGUGCCAACCUCCGGAUAACAACACAGCAUGCUCGAAAUGUUACCAUUUCUUUUUGAUGACCGAGUUCUUUGAGACGAUGAUAGGUCUCAACUAAUCUCCUGGAUAUCUAAAACGACCUUUAAGUUAUCUGUUCAUGACGUUUUGUCGUUUGCGUUUUGCAUUUCUAUUUCUAUUUCAGUUCUCAGUUUGUGUUUCUGUUUCAGCUCUUGCUUUGUUUCGUUUAAACUUUGCAGCCCUGGUUGUGUUUCCAGUUCUAAAUUUCAAUUAUUAAAAUCUAGAACCUUUUUAAAAAAAGAGCAAUCACUUCUUUACAGUUUUCCAUUUCAAUGUCUGUUAGUCUUAAUGUUCAGUCUAUCAUUUCUUACAGUUUAACUACAACUGAUACUGCGAUCAAUAACUUAUAGGCUGUCUGACUAUAUAUGUCAUGGGCUUAAAUAUUUCUCCAGCCCAAAUUCCAACAACUCCGAAAUCCUACCAAAAAAUACAAUCUCCGGUCCUCUGCAAACCGUUCAAUAACCAACACCUUGAAAACCAUACCUUACGUCUCACACACGCAAACAAUAAGAAGAACAUGCACAAAAACGCAUGCACCGCAAAAUUCAGUACCAUUAUUAUCUCAUUAUUCUAUUACCCUAUUAACUUUCAAACAUCAAAAACCACAAUUAAGAAUAUCAAAUCAGUUACGAUUACUAUACGACUAAAUUAUAUAACAACAUUAGCGAUCCCUGAUUAUAAUCAAUCAGACAACAAUUACGGUGAAAAAAUCAAAAACGAAAACUACCAAAAUAUUAUAAAUUAAAUUCGACACAUAUUCACUUUCAUCACUAUCAAACACUAUCAAACAAAAAAUGGAUAGCUCUCCAGAUCCCCGUGAUCCUUCAUCUCAACAAGAUUCUAACGACGUUUCCAUUCCAAUAGAAUCCGAGCCGGAGAUCAAACAAACCGACGAUUCAUCAGAUGGAGACAGUUCGGACGCAGAACCUGCAACCUAUUUCCGCCACCUAAGCCUAAAGUAUUUUGCAUCUGAACCACUCCGGAUGGUGGAUCAACACACGUACUUAAUGGGGUCGUGCUUGGAGUACAACAACCCGGAAGCACACUAUAUUGAGGGGAUCAAUCAGUAUUUCUUCCGUAAACGACGAGUCAAAGGCAUCAGACACCUACGCCGCUCGGCCAAAGGAAAAUAUGACAAAGGCACGUACCUUUGUGGUAUAUUGAUGCUGUGCACAGGGAAAAUCAAAGAGGGGAAAAGGGUGCUUGAUACACUUGACUGGCAACGCAGGCUUUCGACUUCUGAACGCUGCUGGGUAAAAAUAAAAAAAACGCUAAGUGUUUAUCCUAUUGAUCGAGACAACAAGUACCUAAACAAUAUGGCCAGACUGAAGCCCCCAAGAAGCUGCGAUCUUCAAAACAAUAAUCAUCUAUGCAAGAAUUGCUAUUACUUUUUCAGAGUGGAGAAAUUUGUACAAUACGUACAUCAUAGAUAAAUUGUUUCUUUGGUUCAUUUUUCCUUUCAACUUAGUUUCUUCUAAAUUUAUUUAAGAAAACAUGGCUUCUAAAUAAUAAACAAACUCUAUUAUAUUCAUCCCUAUAUAAUACCACAUACCAAUAGCAUACGACCCUCGACAUCAUUUGUGGCAAACAACAAAUCCAAAAAUUCACACAUCAAUAUAUUCGAACCCGGCGCGAAGCGCCGGAACGCCCCUAGUUUUAAAUAUUUUGGCAAUAACGAGUAGAUAUCAUCACAAAGUUUCUCUCCAGGGAAUCCAAAGUAUCCUCUAUCCCACAGUACUUCCCGUAGCUAAUGCCGAAAACUGAUAAAAUAGAGUUUCAUGUAAGAAUAUACAGAAUUUAUAACAAGGGAAUGCAGAAAAAAAAAAACAAUCUUACUAUUGCAGUUCUUUGCAAUGCAGGUUUUGCUUCAUUUCUCCUGUUAGAUUUUGAUUCAAACCAUAUCAGAAAAAGCUGACAAAAUGCAACAAACAUGAACAUAGAGCAGUAGUUAUAACCUUUUGGAACAACGAACACGAUUAAUCUAAACAGAGUAUUCGCAACAAAAGGUCAAAAAGUGAAUAGAAACUUCCUCUGGAAUUUUUUGUUCUUUAUUAAUCUCAAACUUAUCAAAGAGAGUUUUAGCAAAAUGGAAAUUUUCUCAGAUCCAAAUACUCUGUUUCCGUUUCAGGGAAAAACUUGUA